AUGUGGAAAUUGGACAGCAAACCUGCUCCUAGUCCAAUCGACGAGACCUCGCCUCUCAUGGUUACACCUCGCCCUGCAGAUAGGCGUGGGGUACGCCCUCAUGUCGGUGCCGAUGAGUCUUCUAAGAAUGCGCUAUACAUGUUUCUUUUGACUGUAUCAAUUGGUGGACUUCAGAUUGUUUGGUCUGUUGAACUUGGCAAUGGAUCGCCAUACCUUUUAUCCCUCGGGAUGAGCAAGUCGCUUCUUGCCGUUGUUUGGAUAGCAAGUCCCCUGACGGGUGCGCUGGUACAACCAUACAUCGGCAUCCGAAGCGACAACUGCCGACUUGCCUGGGGUAAGAGGAAACCAUUCAUGGUCGUUGGAGGUGCAGCAACCAUCGUUUCAUUGCUAGCUCUAGCAUGGGUAAAAGAGAUUGUAGGAGGUGUUCUGUCUAUAUUUGGCGUUGAAUCAACAUCCUCAGGGUCUAAGAUUGCUAUCAUCAUCAUGGCAACGGUUUUCAUGUAUUGCCUUGAUUUUGCCAUCAAUACCGUGCAAGCUGCAAUCAGAGCAUUCAUCGUCGACAACUGCCCCACCCAUCAGCAGGAGCUGUCCAAUGCCUGGGCCAGUCGUAUGGUCGGCAUUGGCAACAUCUUGGGGUAUAUCUUUGGCUACAUGGACCUGCCGAAGAUUGUCCCUUGGUUGGGGAAUACCCAGUUCAAGGUCCUGUGUGUACUAGCCUCGGCCUUUCUGAGUGUAACCCUUGCCAUUAGUUGUGCCUACAUCAAAGAGCGGGAUCCACGAGGAGACGAGCCUGUGACCGACAAGCUUGGUGUGAUUACCUUUUUCAAACAGGUCAUCAAGUCCAUUCGGAGCUUGCCAACACAGAUUUCCCGCGUCUGCCAGGUACAGAUCGCGGCGUGGGUGGGAUGGUUCCCAUUCUUGUACUACUCCACAACUUACGUCGGGCAACUGUACGCCAAUCCUAUUUUCGCGGAUAAUCCUGAUCUAUCUGAGGGCGAGCUCGACAAGGUCUGGGAAAAUGCUACUCGCGUCGGGACGUUAGCUCUCCUUGUCUAUGCUAUCAUCUCUUUCCUCUCCAAUACUCUACUUCCUCUUUUCGUGGUUCCAUUAUAUGGACCACCUCCUGGGUCUGUUUCGCAACGGGAUUCUCUAGACGCAGAUUCAGAUGACGAGGCAGAGUCUGGUGCAAGGAGACUAUCAUUUUCAAGUCUGCCAACAGGCAAUGCAUCCGAACCUCUACUCGAUGCAGUUUCAAUCGAAAAUGAAACCGAAGGGAAAUCGACGUGGCUUUCACGUCUGCGCAUCCCAGGCUUAACUCUCCCGCGAGUCUGGCUCCUCUCUCAUCUCCUCUUCGCAUUGUGCAUGUUCAGCACAUUCUUUAUCUACUCCCACCAAGCCGGGUCCGCGUUUGUAGGUCUUGUUGGUAUCUCUUGGGCUGUGGCGCUGUGGGCUCCUUUCGCUCUGAUCUCGGCGGAGGUAGCCCGGAUUGAUCCUUCUAGACGAAAUCAUCGCACAUCUCAACCCGCCUAUAGCGAACAUGGAGCUGAGGCUCAGGACGAGGGUAGUCAACAUGCCAACAUCGAUGGGAACGAUGUGGAGCAUGGACACCCGAAGAAUCAUCGCGGUGGGGAUGUUGCACAGGCGGGUAUCAUUCUUGGAUUGCAUAAUAUGGCUGUUUCUUUGCCGCAGAUUCUGUCUAGUCUUGUUUGCAGUGCUAUCUUCAAGGCAUCUCAGAAGCCAAGAGGGGAGCCGUGGGAUGAUAGUGUGGGCUGGGUGCUACGAUUUGGUGGAUGUGCUGCGUUGGUGGCUGCGUGGUUGACUAGAAGGGUUUCGGAUGGGUCGAGAUAG